CGUUUUGUAACCCAUGAAACUGUCCAAUUACUUUAAACCCCGAAUCUUGCGAGUGUCUUUGAAUGCAGCAAUAGUCUUCAGCUGUCUGUGAACUGAGCAGCUGUCACUCUUGAGUGUGAUUUCCCAGCAAACGACGCGUACUCUUAUUUUGUGAGGCUUUGCCAAAAUGGCACGUGGGCAUCAGAAGAUUCAGUCUCAGCAGAAAAAUGCCAAGAAGCAGGCUGAGGCAAAGAAGGCCAAGGGCCAUGAUCAAAAGACUGCAGCAAAGGCAGCGCUAGUGUUCACCUGCCUUGUGUGCAAGUCACAGAUGCCUGACCCAAAAACCUUCAAGCAGCACUUCCAGAGCAAGCACCCGAAAUCCCCUCUGCCCCCUGAGUUAGAGGGAGUGGAGGCAUAAACUGCCACCCUGGAUACCAAACCCAGUUCUUCAAGGCCCUGCACUAAUUCUGCACUCACCUCAGUCUGACAGCAAAGGACCAUUUUAUGUAACCAACAUGAAGCAGUUAAGUUAAUUUAGGCUUGAACAGACCAGGUUGCCUUUUGACGCCAUGCUUCCUCCCAUCCAGUCCUGUUUUCGCUUGUGUUUAAAUACAGGUGGGGCUAAACCCUGUUACCAAGUGGUGAAUGAAGAUUUCUCCCUUCAUUCAACAGACUACUCACUGCCCUGAGGUGUUGUGCACACAGGAAUAUUUCAUGCUGCUUGCUCUUAUAUCUUUCUAUCUGAAGCUUUGGUGGCUUGAUUGUCCGAUUAACCCUUUACAGCCAGACUACCACAUGGGGUAAACACAUACAGUGUCCUUAAACAAAGUGUGGAUUUGGCUUGGGUGGUAGAAUUCUGAUUUUAAGUUUGCUUUAAUCAAGGCAAUGGCAAAUGUGACCUCAUCUAUUUUAUUAAUCAUUUGAGUACUGAAUCAAAAGUAGGCAGACUUUUUUUCCCUCUUUCAUAUCAGUUGGUAAAUAUGGAAUUCCUUCACAGCACUGUCUGCCCUCUUCUACUGAGAUCUGUCUUCUACUUAAUCGUAAUUUCAUGUUGGGUCACAAAACGUGAAGUUUUGCUAGCCAUUUCCAAGCUGCGACACCACUUGUCAGUUAACAAGAAAAUUUUACGGCGGUUUAAAGGCAACAUUUGUACACUUGGAAAAUGAAUGUAUGCUCCAAUGAUGUAUUAUAGCAUUUUAUUAAAUUUUACUUUGUUGUA